UCAACGGUGUAACAACCGCUAGGCAAUCUCACUGGAAUACGGGUGGUAAAAUUUUAACAUGGCAACGCGGCUGCAUUUCAUUCGUAAACUAUCGUGUGCUUCGUGUAUAUAAAAUCUGUUUGGUGCAUGCGAUAAAUUGUUUGCGAACCGUACGGUGAUUUAUUUCUUCGGUUAACUUUUCCUCACUUCCCGUCCUUCUCCCCCCCAUCGCGAAGCCUUGAACUCGACCGUGAAAAAUUGGAGGGAAAAACAGUGGUUAAAAGCAGAACGAAAAUAAGAACGGAUAGAGUGGUGACAUAACCGCGACGGACAGACACGUCGAGGUAACGUCGUCUCUGUAAUAAUUACAGACGUAAAACUGGGCUUUUCGUUCCCGAACAAAAAUAAAGAAUUUAUUUAUAACCUAUCGCUACACCGCUCGUUCACCGGACUCUCGUCUGACGUGUAAACCAUACGUAGAGAAAUUUGUGCAUGUAGUUGGGAGAGUUAUGCCGUUUGUUUUCUCACGAGUUUAGUGUAGGGAAACAACGCGAGAAGUUUCGAGGUCUUUCUUCACGAACCUCAGACGCGGGCCAAGAACGACGAGGAGAUGUUCCUGGCCGGCCGGGCCCUGAGGAAGCCUUGAGGAACGACAGAGAGACAAAGAGAGAGAGAAAGAGAGAGAGAGACGUCAUUACGAGUAGCGUCGAGGCGUUGAAGCGGCGCUCCGUUCCUCUCGACGGAGUCAAAGGACUCGUCCAUCAGACACCGCAUAUAAUACUGACAAUAGGCAAGCGCCGUCUCUUGCGGCAUCGCUAGUGCGACCCGCGGCGUCGAAGCGUUCGGGUGAAAGUCCGGUAUCGGGUUUAACCGUACCGAGGCCGGAGUCAGAGCAGCUAGCAGGACGGAGUUGCCAUCGCAGCGUCUCCUCCACAUGUGGACAUCUCCGUCCCAGCUUAGGAUUGGCCGAGCACCCAGAAAAAAGAUCAAUCUGCAUCCCUAGUCCUUGUCGACAAGGAUUAUACAGCCGCGAUGGAUAACCCCGACAAACGUACACCGGGGACCAAGCGCAAGUUGUCCUUUCUUGGAUUUGGCAAACGGAGCUCGAUCGACGGGCAUGGCACGGAAACGGGACCGGAACUCGACGAGGAGAUGGAGAAGGUUUUCGCAAUGGAUAUGGGGGAGAAGUUCAACGUUUCACGGCUUGGAUCUCCCUCGGAAUCGGCUGGAUCGGAUCGAGAACGAGGAGCGCCGCCUAGAUACGGAGAGCGUGACUUUAAUCAACAUCGGAAACGAAGUUACCCUCAUCCGCACAUGCCAUUGAAAAGUCUUCACUCAAGGUCAAUGAGGCGGCAUCUUUCACCGGAGGGAUCCGUGACCGAACCUGGACCCGAGGAAGAUCACCCCUUGAACGAUCAUCCGAUCUCGUCGACCGGUAACGGGGAAGAACCCGACGAUGAGGUGGAAGAGGAGGAGGAGGAGGAGGAGGAAGAGGAAGUCGACGCGUUGAUAAACGGCGGAGGUCAUCGCCAACAGCAGGCCGGCGAGGCUCCGAACUACGUUUCGCAGGGUAUCGAGAACGACGAACGGCCGAUUCCCGACGACGGGGAAGCAGUUUUGAGCAGCGAAAGCGAGGCGCCGAUAUCCGAGAGAGCGGCGUCGGGAUACAGCGAAAGUCCGGCACUCGGAAGUCCCAGAGUUCAGUUCGAAAAGAUUAGAGAAGAGGGCGCGGCCAGUCCGCAACCGGAAACGCCACCCGGUGACGAAGACCGGAAACCUCGACGGCUUCACAAACACGACCACAAACGGCACCAUCACAAGUCGAGAAAGUAUUCGCUCCAGGAAGAUCCGCAAUGGAGGAAACGCUCGGGUGCCGGUAUCACGGACGGAAACAACGCGAUGGGACGUCGAGUCAGCGUCCAGCCCGACGAGGCAAGCACCCUCCAGGAGCUGGACAUAGACGGCCUGGAGUCCCACAGGAGCGACGAUCCCCGGGGUAUGCGUCGUCACAAGACGGGUCACUCGACGGUUCACAUCGGGCGAAAAAUGGUCGGGGGUAUAUUCCACGACACCUUCAAAAAGAUGUACGAUCAUUCGCCCCACGAGGUAUUCGUCCAGCUCGAUGAACUCCACGGAAUGGGCGAGGAUCGCGAAUGGCGGGAAACGGCGAGGUGGAUAAAGUACGAGGAAGACGUUGAAGAGGGUGCGGACCGGUGGGGGAGACCACACGUCGCAUCGCUUAGCUUUCACUCGCUUCUAAACCUACGGCGAUGCCUCGAGACCGGUGUUUGCCUCCUUGAUCUCGAGGAACGUGAUCUUCCCGGCGUAGCUUACAGGGUCGUCGAGCAGAUGGUCGUCGAGGAGUUGAUACUCCCCGAAGAUCGACCCGUCGUUAUGAGGGCUCUGCUUCUAAGGCACAGGCACGUCAAUGAACAUGAUAGAUUUCGAUUUGGGGGGAAGAGGAAUUACGCCAGUUACACCAGUCUGCAGUCUAUCUGGCUGGAGGAGGAAGAGGCUGCUCGAGAUCCGACCGAGAACCAUGUGAAGCAACAUAACCUGAGCGAUUCUAAACCAAAGAUCGUAUCGUCCACCUUGGCUCUGGACAGCAACCAUACAGCGGUUGAUAUAAAAGAAGAGUUGACCUACACGAGUAGUAACGAGGACUUGAAGAAAGGGCACAAUGAUUAUAUAUUGAAAAGAAUUCCCGUCGGCGCUGAGGCAACUACGGUACUUGUAGGUGCCGUAGAUUUCCUUGAUCAACCUACGAUAGCAUUUGUUCGGCUGGCAGAAGGUGUUUUCAUGCCCUCUUUGACAGAAGUUACCAUUCCUGUUCGAUUCAUGUUUAUUCUUCUGGGGCCACGAAAUGCCGAUCUUGACUACCACGAGGUCGGUCGAUCCAUCUCAACGCUGAUGGCCAAUACCUCAUUUCACAAGAUUGCCUACAAAGCUAACGAAAGACGAGAACUGCUAUCGGCAAUCAAUGAGUUUUUGGAUGAUUCGAUCGUGCUGCCACCAGGCGAUUGGGAAAGACAAGCACUUUUACCAUUCGACGAACUCAAGGCAAAGAGCGAAGCUAUAAGAAAACGCAAAGCUAAAGCAUUGGAAAGAAUUUCACCGCAGACACAAAGCGAUGCCGCUAUUAAGAAAGCUCUUUUAGCUGGUGAAGAUGAGAAAAAACCCCCAGAUGAUGAUCCGCUGUGUAGAACUAGGCGUCCUUUUGGUGGGCUUAUUAACGAUAUCAAGAGACGCUACCCUCUUUAUUUAUCUGAUUUCACGGAUGGAUUGAACUCCUCUAGCGUUGCGGCAGCCAUCUUCAUGUACUUUGCUGCUCUUUGUACCGCUAUCACAUUUGGCGGUCUGAUAAGUGACAAAACAAACAAUUUAAUAGGCAUCUCAGAGACUUUAAUUUCUGCCUCAUGGACAGGAGUGAUAAUGGCUCUUUUUGCCACGCAACCUCUCGUCAUUAUCGGUACAACUGGACCGCUUCUUCUCUUCGAUGAAAGCUUGUACAAAAUGUGUAAUGCCUAUGAAUUCGAGUUCUUAACGGUCCGGAUAUACGUUGGCGUUUGGCUCGGUGUGAUUGCAUUAAUCAUUGCUUGUGUCGAAGGUUCAGUACUUGUAAAACUUUUCACACGUUUUACGGAAGAAAUAUUUACCGGAUUGAUAUCAAUUCUCUAUAUCGUCGAGGCCUUCCAAAAGAUCUAUAAAUACUUUUUAAUAAAUCCACUUCUUCCUGAUUACUGCUUCGCCCCACACGAAAAUGACACCAGUUCUAACAAUACUGACACGAAUGUGACGGCUAUGUGUGACAACUCUCAGCAGAUGAAUUGGCUUCCUGACAGUAACGGUCAUGGCCUUAUAAAUCAACCAAAUACUGCUCUCAUGUGUACAAUUCUUUGCUUGGGAACUUUCCUUGGUGCGUACUACCUGCGCAUAUUUCGUAACAGUCACUAUCUGGGUCGCAGCGCGAGAAGAGCUUUUGGUGACUUUGGAGUUCCAAUAAGCAUCGUAAUUUUUGUCUUGAUCGAUUUUCUCGCUCAAGUUAAGACUGAGAAACUCCUCGUACCCGACGGCUUGAGUCCUUCAGAUCCCGACAAGAGAGGAUGGCUAAUACCGCUAGGGGGUGAAAAACAAUCCGUUCCCGUUUGGUUGGCACUUGUUUGCGUGGUGCCAGCUCUUCUAGUUUACAUCCUUAUCUUCAUGGAAACCCAAAUAUCUGAGCUCAUUAUUGACAAGAAAGAACGCAAGCUGCGUAAAGGCAACGGCUAUCACAUGGACAUUGUUGUUGUCAGCUUGAUGAACGUUGGCUGUGGGUUCAUCGGUAUGCCCUGGUGUUGCGCAGCAUCGGUGCGUUCUCUGACCCAUGUAUCCGCAGUUACAAUAAUGUCAACGAACCAUGCUCCUGGUGACAAGCCUCACAUUGUUGAGGUCAAAGAACAAAGAGUGAGCGGUCUCUUAGUCGCGAUCCUCGUCGGUCUGAGUAUUUUGAUGGCACCGCUACUAAGACGUGUUCCCAUGGCAGUGUUGAUUGGAGUUUUUCUGUACAUGGGCGUAUCGUCAACCAACGGCGUUCAGCUGUUUGAUCGUAUAAAGUUAUUCUUUAUGCCUGUUAAGCACCAUGGUACUGCGAAUUAUGUACGCAGAGUUCAAACCUAUAAGAUGCACAUAUUCACUUUGAUUCAAAUAUUUUGUCUCUCGGUCCUUUGGGCUGUUAAAAGCACCGCAAUCUCCUUGGCUUUCCCAUUCUUUUUGAUCCUGAUGAUACCGUUGCGUGCUCAAAUGAAGCGUUAUUUUACACCUGCAGAACUACGUGCUCUCGAUACUAAAGAACCAGAAAUGGAGAGCAAUCAGGAUGAGCCAGACUUUUAUGAAGAAGCACCCCUCCCUGGCUAGACUGUGCCUUACCUUACCUUGUCCAAUUAAUUACCUUCAUACUACCCUUGUUGUAUCCAUUGACGGCGUUUGUUAGAUAAUCCAAGUUUUUCCCGUGAAAACCUCGACAUUCAGGGUGACUCAAAAAGUUUUUGCUGUUUUUAACAUAUCUUUACCCUUAUUGACGCGAACAAAGAAUAUAUUUGAUAUGAAUGUUACGGGGUUUGACAUAGUUUAAUAUAGUAAGAGUUCACUUACGGACGAAAAAGAAAUCUAGUAUUAUACAAUAUAAGUAUAGGUACAUACAUAUAUUUAUAGUUAAUUCUUAUUUUACUUAGACUAGUUGUAAUUUGAAACAUAUUAAUUUUGGUUCUGAUUUAUUGCGGGCAUGUAACGUUUGUGGUAUCGGUAACAUUUCAUUUUUAGCUAGUCUAGAGAUUGUCUGAAAUUGAUUCGAAAAAGAAUAUAAAUCAAUUAUUUAAUAGCAUUAUCAGCGUUCUUUACAUUUCACAUAAGCAUUACAAAUUGAAAAUGAAUUAUUUCCGAAUUCAUGAACGACCGUUUAAACGUUUAAUGCGCUCAAUGUAUAACGGCCCGUUAUAAUCUUCUAUUUUUAUUGUUGUUGACUGUCAAAUUUACGCUGGUUAUACGUUUCGUAAGAUCAACAACAAUAAGAGCAGAAGAUUAUAACGGGAUGUUAUAUAUUACACCCGUUAAACGUUUAACGGACGGUCAUGAAUUCGGGGGUAAGAGUGCCAAAAGGAAUUCGUUCAAUCAUUUAUUGUUACGCGAUUGUCAAUAAUACGCAGGAAGAUUGAUCAGUAUUCUAAAUAUUUUUUUAUGAAUCCCUAAUGAUAGCAGACGUGUAAUUCUGUUGCGAUUCACAGCGUUCAAUUAGUUUGAUCAUUUUAAAGUCUCAGCUAUCACAGUAAGAGUUUAAAAACACCAAACUUUUUGAUACCCUGAUCGUUCCUAUUUAUCUGACGAUCAUUUCCAUUUGUACUUUAUUCACGCUACCUCUAUGGGAACAGACAAGAUUCACGAGAAAUUAACUAUUGUUAAGUAUAGACGGUUUUACGAAAGUGGUAAACCGAAAUUGUCCGUGUGGCAUCUCAUGCAUGUUAUUAAACUAAGUUGGUUCAUGAUGUUCAGGCCUUUGUCAGGAGAGUACCAAUAGAUGCAACACGAGAUUGGUGCAUGGUGCCAGGGGAUGAUUAAGAUUGACCAAGAGGAUUGCAUGUGAUCUUUGUUAAAAGUAUAGCCAAUUUUUUGGCGUAAUAGGGUAUGAGCGUAGGGUUGCAUUUGGGUAGGCAUUUUUUUUUUAGUAAGACAAUAAAGUUGGUGCUAUAUGUAUAAAACUGUGUAUACACAAGUACCUGAUUGGUGAAUGUAUGCAGCAGGAUUAGAUAUGAGCUUUGUUGGAGAUGAAUGGGAAAUAUUAGUACGGUACGGAUAAGCAAAGGAGGGAUUUCCAUAAAAUUCUAACUCUUGACAAAAAUCUGUUUGUGUAAUUUGAAUUACAUAUCGUGCAGGUAUAAGUAAUAUGGAAAUUCUUAUAUUUUUCGACAAAUAAGAAUCGUGUAUGCUUAUGAACGAACUCUUUCGAGAGUUAUAAUAUACGAAGGCAUAAACAUUUUGAACCAAAAUCGAAGUGAUAGUCAUCCAAUGAUGUAUCGCAAUAAAGCAGAUAUAAUGUAUUAGAUAUGAUAUAUACGAUACAAAAUAAGAAGCAAAGAAAAUAUUGUAUUUUGAUUCCGUAGAGUAUUUUACUAAUCAAUAUGUUCUUAUUGAAAGUUGAAAAUCAUUAUUGACACUCCUUCGAUCCAACACGUAGUACAACCAUUUAAAAAAAGAACAGAGAAUGAAAAACGAAAUUACUUAACUAUUGUUAUUCACGUAACACAAAUAAUUGAGAAAUGGUAAUAAAUUCUUCUAGAUGAUUGUGAUAGAAAACCGUGUUGAUCUAAACUAACGGUACUUAUUAUUGUUAACUAUCUAAUAAAUUAGAUUUCAUUAGGUAUACGGCUUUACAUCUACAGUAUAUCAUUGAGACAUGUUAUUAUAGCCACACCACAGAUAUUACCUAUAUUGAGAGAUUAUUACAAUCAUCCUUGUUAUUAAAUAGUGAAAACGUUAUUGUAAAUAAUCAAGUUAAAAAUACAGUAUUAAAAGUAAUAAUUAGUAAUAGGCUCGUAGCAGCUGGAUUAUGCCUUAAGUUUAGAGAAUAAAGAAAAUAUUUAAAAUA